ACAGGAUUACGCUAAAAAAAGGUCUUCUAUGUAAUAUUACUACGCACUUAUGAUCAUCAAUAUUUGAUCAAAAUGUAUGAUUACUGUAGGUUAAACAAAGUAUCCAAUCUAGUGUAUAAAUAUAUGCAAGGUUGUUUAAGAUGGUAAUAACAUACAAGUUCUCAAUAUGAUCAUUUAUAAUAAGAUUUAUAUUUUUAGCGGAGGUAUAAUUUAGAAGUGUGAUAGGUCUCUAAAAUGCCAAGUUGGCUUUUCAACUUUUGCUGAGGUUCAGACUUCUUCUGCCAAAUCAUGCUAGAUUUUGUUAUAUUUGCAAUUACCUUCGUGGUGCUGCUACUUGGAGCAGUCAUAUACUUGUACCCGGGUUCUGGCAAGUUCUCUACAACUAUCCCAGGAAUGGACCCUGCUGACCCAAGAGAUGGGAACCUGCCUGACAUUGCAAAGGCAGGAAGUUUGCAUGAGUUUCUGAGUCUACUGCAUGAGCGCUAUGGGAAGAUCGCUCAUUUCUGGAUGGGUCCAAGAUUAGUUGUUAGUAUUGCUUCUGCAGAGCUCUUCAAACAACAUGUGAAAGUAUUUGAUAGACCUCCUGAGUUGUUCCGAUUAUUUGAGCCCUUGAUUGGGUCCAGCAGCAUGCAGUAUGCUAAUGGGGCUGAUGGCAGAGCAAGACGAAAGCUCUAUGAUGCCAGCUAUGGACAUGGCAUUGUUAUGAAUAACUAUCUUGGUAUAUUUAAUAAGUUAGGGAAAGAAAUAUCUGCCAAGUGGAACACCAUGUUGGAUGAGCAGCAUAUUCCAUUAUGCCAGCACAUGUUUGCGUUUGCCAUCAAGUCAAUCACCAUUACAUCAUUUGGGGAGUUCUUUCAGAAUGAUGAGCAGGUUUUGGAAUUUAGGAAGGCGUAUGACACGUGUUGGCAUGAGAUGGAGCGAAGGCUUGCUGGAGCAGAUCCUAAACCAGAUAGUUUGGAAGAGAAACGUUUUAACAAAGCUCUGAAUAUGAUGCAUUCAACAAUAAAAAAAAUGGUAAAGUUGCGUCGUGAUAAUCCACCCAAGUCUGAGGAUGAUCACAUAUUCCUUGAUAGCCUUCUAGAGGCAGGCACACCUGAAAGUCAAAUACUAAAUGAUAGUAUUACAUUCCUUGUCGGAGGGUUCCAUACUUCUGGUCUAUUUUUGACAUGGGUGUUUUACUUCCUGGCAUCACACCAAGAUGUCCAAACCAAGGCAUACACAGAAAUUCUCAAAGUCCUUGGUCCAAAUGGCAAAGUAACUGCAGAGAACAUUAAAGAGCUCACGUAUGGAAGGCAAGUUCUAGAUGAGACACUACGCUGCUCUGUGUUGGCACCAUGGGCUGCACGCUACCAGGAUAUGGAUGUGGAACUUGGUGGACAUACUAUUCCAGCUAAGACUCCAGUGAUCCAUGCUCUAGGUGUCAGCUUGCAGGAUGAAGAAACCUGGCCAGAGCCUAACAAGUUUGAUCCUGAUAGAUUCAGUCCUGAAAAUAGUAAAUCUCGACCUGACAUGGCCUUCCAACCAUUUGGGUUUGCAGGGAAGAGAAAAUGCCCAGGCUACAGGUUUGCGUAUGUAGAGGUCCAAGUGUUAGUGGCUGAGAUUCUACGCAAAUUCCGUAUCAGAAUGGUUGAAGGCCAGGUUGUGACACCUGUAUAUGGACUUGUGACUCGCCCAGAGGAGGAAAUUUGGGUUACAGUGGAGAAACGUGGAAAUGAGGAGUGAAAUUGUUAGAUGCUUUCAAUGUGCUGAGAUAUUUCAGUGUAAUAAACAUAAUUAUCCACUAGUGCUUACAGUGUAUGUGGACUAGUAGUAUUUCCCAUGCCACAUUUUUAUUACUGGAUUUCAUAAUUUCAAUGGAUAGUAGACUUUUCAGUUUAUUUGAUAUUUGCCUUUUAAUGUGACCUCAACAUUACAAUGUUGAGCUUUAGGACCAUUAUCCUUAUACAUUCAUUCUAAAUAUAGCAUGCUAGCUUAUGACAUGAAGCUGAUUUCGAACCUUUCCUCGACAGGUAGUCAUGCACCCCUCCUCCAUAAGUUUGGCAAAUUUUAAAUUAGUCUUUCAAUUCCAAUAGAUCAGAUAUUCAUCAAAGAUGAGUUUGUUGAAAUCGCCAAACAUAAACAGACUUGAACAUACGGUCAAAAUGUGAACUUCUAGUUUCCAACCUUUUGAAGUGAAGUGUAUGAUUGGCACAUAUAGGACUACAUUGUAUAUGUUCAGAGGCAUACACACAUAUAAAAAAACAUUGAAUACAUAGAAUGGACUACAGAAUUACCAGGGAUAAGGGAUUUGUACGAGUACAAAUCAUUUAGAAAUGUAUAUCAGAUGAGUUUUGUCAAAUGUAUAGUACUAGCCUUUAUUUCACUAAUGGAUGGAUAAAAUCCUGAAAUUAUGGUGCAUUAAAAUAUUUCUUUUUUGCUUUGGUAAGGAUUUUUUGUAAAAUGGAAAUGCCGGAGAGAAGCUACUUACUCAAUUGUGCAAUAAUCAAGAUCUUAUCAAAAAUGCUAUAAAAUGGCAAAAAUAUAUCUAAUAUCAUUUAUUUCUAAUACCUGUAAUGUAAUAGUGUACAUAAUGUACAAUAUGAAUAUCAUUAUGAUAUACGGAUGUACUCUUAUUUUGAUAUAUAUUUCUAGCAUGGCACAGAUUCAGCUUUGAAAUGCAUUAGAAUGAGUAUACAUGUACAUAUUAACAUACAGCUGCAAGUACUUUAUUUUUUGUCAUGUACCAAUGAUGUGAAAGUUCUGCCAACCAAUAAAAGGCAACUCUACAAGCUCCUUUAUUAUCCCACCGAACAAAUUCGAGGGGGAUAUAGAGAAACCGUCCGGGCGAUAACUCCAAUACCGGUUGACAGAUUUGGUUC